ACCGCCUCCGCGUUCUCUAGUAGGAUCUCUACGUGUCUCGGUUACAUCCGAUAUUCCUGCAUUAUAUCGUGAACCUGCGUCACAGCAUAAACUGAACGACAUGUCUGACUGGGAGGAAUCUGAAAACGAGGCUACGCGCUCUCCGCCACCACCACCACCAGCGGUGAAAAAGCCAACGAAGAGCAAGUGGGAGGGUGAGGAUGAAGAGGACGAUGGUCCGGUCAGUGACUGGGAAGCUUCAUCCGACGAAGACGCAAAGAAACCAGCCCCUACUCCCACAACGACCGCGGCUCCUCCAAAGAAGAAGGGCACCUUGAAGCAAAAGCUCGCAGAGAAGGAGGCUCAGAAGGCGGCUGCGCGCGCUGCAGGAGAGGGUUCGGAUGACUAUGAUGAAGACGCAGUGCUGGAUCCGAGAGAGAAGGCUAGAAGAGAUAGGGAGAGGGAGCUGAAUGCCGACUUGAACAACGCGGCCGAUUUGUUCGGUGCGGCUGCGCUUGGUGGAACUUCAAACAAGGACCUCGAUAGUCUACUUUCCUUCAACCCACGCACAAAAGACGACUUCGUCUCCCUCUCGAACCAGAUCAUCGAAUUGAUCAUCAAGCGACACCAAGACAAACCACUUUACGCCUCAUUCGUCGAACAUCAUGCCCGCGCGCUCGCUACGCCGUUGAAGGACGUCGAGGUAAGGAAGGCUGCUAGCGGACUCACAACUCUUGCGAACGAGAAGCAGAAGGAGCAGAGGGACAAGGCGAGCGGGAAGAAGAAGCCAAGGACCGCGGCUAAACCUGGGCUGGGUGCUGCGAAGGUUGGGGGAAAGUUGGACACUAACGCGUAUGACGAGGCGUUGGACGACUUUGGCACCAAUGCAGACGAUUUCAUGUAGAACAACGGCGCUUGAUGUACGCAUGGAAGGGACGAAGUAUAGCCCAUAUUGUGCACUAGUUGUUGUGAUUCUAUAGAACGUACUAUCAUCUGUAUCCCUCUUCGCUGUCACUUCUAUUGACCCUCGGGGAUGCUCACCAUCAUACCUCGGAGACUUGUCCCUCUAUCACACAUGUAGCCGCAAUACUGUCGCACACUAUCCUCAUCUAUCUAGAGUAGACGACUGACGUG